AUGCCAUCACACAGUCGGCCCAUCGAAGAAUCGCUCCAGGACAAGGCGGAGCGCUUUCGCGCAGAGAUACAAUCGUUCCCAGUAUGUCUUGUUACUGGUGGAGCAGGUUACAUCGGCUCGCAUACAGUUCUUGAACUGCUCAAUGCAGGUGUUGCUGUGGUUGUGAUCGAUAACCUGUGCAACAGCCACAUGGAGUCUCUGUGUCGUGUACACUACAUUGCUCGGACUGAGUCUCAACGUCUUCAACAAUCGGGCAAUGUGCCGCCUAUCUUUUUCCAUCAAGUUGACAUUCGGAGCACGAGAUCCAUGAACCAAGUCUUCGAAGCUCAGCAAAGCCCACAAGCCAAGGACCCGUCAGCUUGGGGCAAGAUCACGGCUGUCAUUCACUUUGCUGCUCUCAAAGCUGUUGGAGAGUCCAUCACAAAGCCACUGGAGUACUACGAAAAUAAUGUCGCCGCACUUGUAGUCUUGCUCAAAGCCAUGAAAGCUCAUUCUGUCAACAAUCUCAUCUUCUCCUCAAGUGCUGUGGUCUAUGGCGUUGGCCAUGAGGCUGGCAUUACAGAGGAAACUGUUCAAGUUGCUGGCAAGGGCUCUGGAGGUGGUCUUCUCACCAACCCUUACGGACGCUCCAAGUGGAUGUCGGAAGAGAUCAUCAAUGACUACUGCGUCGCGGAUCCCAACUUCCACGCCAUAUCGCUACGUUACUUCAACCCUACCGGCUCUCAUCCAAGCGGGUUGAUUGGUGAAGAUCCCAAGGGUACACCAAACAACAUUGUGCCCGUUAUCCUCCAGGCAUAUCAACGUCGUCGCAGCCGUGUCCACGUGUUUGGAUGCAACUACGAUACUUCCGAUGGCACUGGUGUGCGUGACUAUAUCCAUGUCAGCGACCUUGCCAUGGGCCAUCUAGCAGCCCUCCGCAAAGCCACAAAGCAACCCGACCCCGUCCCCGAAGACGAAGAACUCGAUGGUCAGAACCCCGUCUCAAACUACAACGUCUACAACCUAGGCACAGGACGUGGCUACUCAGUCCUCGAGAUCAUCAAAGCCUUCAGCAACGCCGCCGGCACUGCCAUCCCCUUUACCGUCGGCGAGGCCCGUGCAGGAGACCUGGGCACCGUGACUGCCUCUCCAGACAAAGCAGCCUCUGACCUCGAUUGGCGCGCCGAGUUUGAUCUGCAGGAUAUGUGCCGCGACGUAUUCAACUGGGCAGCUGCGAAUCCCACUGGCUACGAGACUCUGAGACGCUUGUCGACCAUGAAAUAUCGAGUCAACCAUAAGGACAUACUCGAUGCGAUAUGA